AUGGACGGCUUCUAUCCGUACUCAUAUGGCACCUUUGCCUGGCUGGCACUCCAGGGCACCGCUCUCCUAUUCACUCCGAAGCUCAUAAUAACUACGCUGGUUGAUGAGACCCGGCAGCCUACACCACUUGAGAUAUACUUUGCUAGAAGCUGCGGAAUAGGUCAGGUAUCGCUAGGCUUGAUAUUUCUGAUCCUGACUGGCGCACUACCACUCGCUUCUUCGUACUCGAUCACUGCCGACGAGUCCGACCCCAAAAAGGAAUAUGCUUUCCCGAUACUCCUGAUCAGCUCUGGUUUUCAUGCAGUGGUAGCUGGCUAUACGUACUCAUGGUAUUCUGGCACGGGACAGAUGGGCUUCGCAGCCGGGAUGCUGGCGUCAGGCUUUUUGGCUGCCAUGGGACUCUGGUGCAUGCUGUUUGCCGGGUCGAGCAGGAUCAGUAAGAGGACUGGUGCUGACAAAAGGACGUCUGGGUUCCCAUUCAAGAACGUAGAGGCGGAUAAAAGGAAGAAGAGAUGA